UGGUGGAGUUGUGAAAAGUUGCUGCUCUCUGAAAAUUCGAAUUAUUUCUCCCCCCCCUUUUCUCUUUGUUCUUUUUCUUAUUUUUUUUUUAACGAAAAGUUGUGCGAGAAAGAGUUUUCUGCGUUUCGCCGGUUCGGUGUUGAUUUGUUUUCAUUCUUUACAUUAUACGAUUUAAAAAAGAUUUUCUUUUUUAUUAUUAUUCAUUUAUUCUUAUUAUUUUCGUUCUUUUCUUUUGCCCCACUGAAGUGGAAAUAAAUAAAUUUGUGCGGUGAAAAAAAAAAAAAAAAGGAAGAAAAGAAAAAGAUGUAAUGGAGUUUUUUCUCUGGAACAGUGGAGCGAAAAAAUGAAAAACUGAAAUAGAUUUUGAUUUUUUUUUUUAAUCUGCAGUUCGAAAUUGAAAAUUUUGAACAGAAAGCUAUCCGAAUCGAAAAGGAGGCAUCCCCAACGUGCAUGGACGUGGCUCCCUCAGCGAAGAGCCGCUCCUUCCGGCAGCACCGCCAUGGUUCCCUCAAGGCCGGCACUCCAGUGCGCAGGCCGCCCAGCCCUGAUAGUGCCUGUGAGCAUGAUUCCGAGUGGGUGAAUGGGGCGGACCACAGCGAUAUGUCCGAGGAAGGGACCCAAAGCAGCUCUUCCUCCAAAGAGACCUCCUCGCUCCCAAGGAGGAGGGUGGGGGAACCCACUGUUGCAAAAGGCCCUGCUGGCCAAGACAGUGACGUGGAUUCGGGAAUCGUGACGUGCAGGAAACCCGGAGAGCGAAUAGGAUCCACUUCGUCAGCUGACACGGAUAGCAGUCAAGAAUCGAGGAGGAGGAUAGACUACUCUCCUCCAAUCCCGAAAAGCGAGUUGAGCAAAUCUCGAAGUCAUACCGGUUCUCUGCGAGUUCCAAGGCGCUCUUCUUGUCUCACGCAGUCCGGGGGACCCAUCAAAGGAGAUCACUCUGCUCUCAAAGAGUGCAACAGAAGACCUCCAACUCCUCUAACUGUAUUUCCGGACUCCCAUCACUGCGUCCGGUUCGAUGAACAGCUUCAGUUAUCCGAACAGAACAUCCGACGAUCCUGCCGCAAACUUUUUGCCACACUCUAUGCCCAACGAUUCUCCUAUCCAAAUCACCAAGACAGCAGCUUCCUCCAUGGCCGCAUCCAUUCAGGUUCCACUCGGUUCCGCAGCAGGACAGUUCCAGAACUCGAGUUGCGACAGUACAGUCCCUUGAUCUCGGAUAGUUAUUCCAAACAUGAAAGAUCCUACAAGGAGAACGUAGGCCCUCUGGAGAGUAGGAGGUCGGGGAGUUUGUCGUCUUCGAGCAGUAGAUCGGUACACAAGUCGGUGUCUGAUGUCAGCAUUGGAGGAAAGACCACGCCUUCACCCAGUACUUUGCGUUACAAGCACCACAUGCACCACAGGUUUCUUAUGGAAAGUACCGAUGAUGCAGCUUCCCACACCAAUUCAACGGACAGUGGCCUUGGCAGCUUGAGAAGUAGCACUCAUUGCACUUGUCAUGAGCGACAGUCGCCCAACAGUACUGUGUCUUCUAGUCAAUCCCCCUCUCAGUGCACAUGUCGGUGCUGCAGUUGCGCUCAACAUGUGCCAACCAAAUCCCAAGAAAAUUCGCCCAAAUUGUUCAAGAGCAGCAGCUGCUCUACUCUUCCGAGUGUCUUAUCCCAUCAGAGCAGACCGCAGCUCACUCAAUUCCCUCCAAGAACUUCUCUUAGAAAGAUGGUAUCUCAUCAGGGAGAAGAGAGGUCUAAGACUCCUCUUCAAAAGACAUCGAGCUGUUCCAACCUGUUAGACAGGACAUCCAAUACUUUUCAAGUGGCUAAUGUCCCAGUCUAUAAUGACAACAUGGUGCAGGUGUAUGCCAGAAUCGCAUCGGUCAUUCCGGAUGACUUCAAAACUGCCACAAGUUCACAAGGCGGGCGUCGAGCAAAAACGUUGGGUAGAUUGAGAUAUGCUACAGACAAUGUUCAUGAUGCCCUUCUAAGACAAUCCAGUAAGGAAUCUCCGCGGGUAGUGGGAAGGAAAACCUCCAAUGUACAGUACAGUACAAUCUCAGCAAUAACUCCAGAAACCUCCACAUGUCUUAUAACAUUCAAGCCACAAACACCAAAAAGCGUAGAUACAGUGAAUGACGAUGUAACAAGUAGACCUGCAUCAUCCACUGAAAUCUAUAGUCAGAUCGCUGACAACAGUGUCAGAGAAUCAUCAGAGCAGAAAUCAAUUCGCGAAAAUCGAACUAAUUCCAGUCAAAGACCAAAGAGUGCGGGGAUUGUUAUGUCGAAUUGUGGUCCGAAUCCUGUCUACCUCAAGUCGGCUUUAAAGAAACCGACACAAUCAGCAAUGGUUCAUGACAUGUCGAAUCUGGAGUCGGAGGUGGUGAGCAAGCCAUCUGAAGUUGAAUAUGCCGUGGUGGACAAAUCCAAGAAAAACCGUUUCACCAGUUUGCCGGCGCUCAAUGGCAUAACCCCAACUGCCGCUGAAUCGGAAGAAAAGGACCCACCAGUGCCUCCCAAAAAGAUGCUCCACAAGAGUGACUUUUCUUUGUACCGGAGCCGGUCCUCGUCCCCCAAGAAAGGCCUCCUAGAGCGUAUGCAUGCCUUGACCAAGACAGCCAGGAGCGCCCUGCAGAAGGCCUUCUCCACGGAGCGCAUCUACCGGCCGGAGCGCGAAGAGCGCAUGGAGGCCAAGGGCCUGCAGAGGUCAAGGUCUUUCAUCAAGGGUCUCACCGGAAGUUUCCGGAAGAAGAAGAGGAAGACCAGACCACCCAUGGCGGAAGUCGUGGCACAGGCAAGUUCGAACCCUGAAUGGGAUGAACAUCCUUUGGACCCAAAUUCUCCCAUCCACGUACGUGGCCAGCUGUUGCAGCUGAAUUUGGAUGGAUCCCAAGUGGUUGAACUAACCAAACCUCCCAGCAAACCUUACGGGUUCUUCGUUGCCAGAGGUCGAGUCAGAAACUCAAAAGGUGUCUUUGUAUCCAGAAUGCGAGAUCAGGAAACUCAAAAGCAGCUCGCAGGUCUUCUCGACAUUGGUGAUGAGAUCCUCGAGAUAGACGGUUUGAAUGUCAAGGACGCCGAUAUAAUGGAAGUGAACAGUCUGAUGGCAAAUAAAAACACCCUUUUGUUGACAGUUCUUCCAUACAUAUGCAGGAAGGACAUUUGAAUUUUAUUCUGUUGCAAUAGUUGGUUCUUUUUUUAAAAAAAAAUACUUGAGGUGAAAGAGCUGAGCUCUGCCAGACGUUCCAGAUAUAUCACGAAGGAAACGUUGGAAAAGAGAUAAAAGGGAGCAAGAUGAGAUGAACUCUCUUGUUCUGUUUUCUUUUAAAAUUCUUAAUCGUAUUUUAUUCUAAUAAUAUAUCCGAAAAGGCUUAGCCGUUUAAGAACACAAAAUUGUUCUAAAAACAUGUUCGCAUUGCACUUUUGACUUAUAACUCGAAUUUCUAGCGUUGAAAGUGGAAUGUUUUAGAAUUCCAGAAUUUAAAAUUUUAUCAAAUUUUGACGUUUCCUUGAAAAGUGAUGAUCUGAAGAAAAUUUCAUAACUUCUUUUUAUUGAUGUAUUAUCGUCUGCUAUGAAAGCAUGAUGAAUGGUUUGAGGGAAAUUAUUUUAGGAAUCGAGUACUUUUUAAAAUAUUUAAACGAAGAGUGACAAUUUUUAAUAGAAUCUAUAUUUCUUUAAACAAUCGAUACCUAUUCCAUAAAUUAUAUUCUUCGAAUGGUGUCCUGUGCAAUGGUGGUUCUUAUUGAACAAUUCAGAACUGAUCACUGUGUUACAUAUUCAUUUUUAAAUGUAAAUAAAAAUCCGAAUUUAUAUUUCAAAAGUGAAAAUAUUUUAUGUAUUCUGUGAAAAUGCCUGCCUCGGAAUUUGUAUAUUAACCAUAAUGAAUAUACUUUAUGAGAGGUAGUUUUAUAUUGUUGCUGAAUGAAAUAUUUUUACUAUGGAAAGAUGGUUUAUAUUUGUAAAUGAAUUUAUGUCAAUGUGCAUUUUUAAAUAUCAAAAUAAAAUUUAUUUGUGGAAAGGCUUUUUACAUCAUUUGAAUGAAGACAUUUCAUAACUUGUACGAAUUUCAACUACAGCUUUAAUAAUACUCAUCGUUUUGUAAUAUUUAUGUUUAAUGUUGGUUUUUAGGUUUAUCUUUUAAUAUAGCUAUAUCUGCUUUAUUCUAAUUUUUCAAACUAACAAUCCUUGUUAAAUUCUCAAUAUCCAAACUUAUUUUCAUUUACUCAUUAACUUUAGUAUGUUCAAGAAAUUAAUUCAUAUUUUGUAGUGAACAGUUUCAGUGAAUUAAAGCAAAAAAUAAAUACUAUUCAUUGGCAAUAUUAUUUUUAACUAAUAAAUAAAAUGAGUUUUUUUUUUGAAAAAUUUAAUUUCAUAAAAUACAUAAAAGAAUAUAUGGUGUUAACUUUUUAAAAAUAUUAUUCUAAUUACAGAAAUGUAUUUUACAAUAUUAUGCAUCAUUGUUUAAAAUCAUAAGAAUGUUGUAAAAUAUCUAAUGUAACUUCAAUUUCUGUUCAAGGCUUAUAGAUUAAAUAAUAAAACCAUAUAUUUUAAAUUGUUGAAAAGUAUUUAAAUACUAAAUAAUUUUUAAGUUGUGUAAAAAUGCUAUUUUUUUAGUGUUUUCUUAGAAGAAAGGGCGAAGUCCAUAGACAUUUUCUGACAACAUCUCGGUCUUUUGAUGCUUUGGUCCGUAAUUACAUAACAAUUACGUUUACUUAAAGCUCUCUGCAUAACGUAGCUACUAUGCCUCACUCGCCCUUGCCCAAGGUCAGCUUCCUUUUAUGCAUAUUAACCCUCUUACCAAGUGAUGGGUGUGUUUAUAUUUAUAUAAUUUUAUUUAAUAAUAUAUUUUAGAUUUGUUAUUUUUAUUUAUAAAAACAAAUAUAAAAUAUAAUUUUAGAUUAUAUUUUAAAUCUUUUGCUUUACCUGAAAUUUUUUUUUAAAUGUUGGAAUAAAAAAUUUAAUUGUUUAUUGACUCAGUAAUUUAAACCAAGAUUUCUUUUAACUUGUGCUUCUCUUUCAACUACACAAAGACUCCCCGACUUAUAAGUGGGACUUUAUUUAAUUAUGAAUAAAAUCUCAUCAGUUAUAUUAAUUAGUAAUUUUUAAAAAAGAUGAUUAUAUUGCUAAUUUUUGAUUAUAAAUACUGAAGUAUCUGACUAAAGUUAUAACUAUUUAUGUUUUUAAUAUCUUAGUGAUACUUUUUGAUAAGAAAAUUCGUUCAUUUUAUAUGUCCAACUAAAUUAACUAUGCUAAUAUGAUUUUUUUCUUUAAGCUUGUUAUUUAUCUAUUAUCUUUUGUAUUUUUCUUUAAAAAUAUUCAUUAGUCUAUUUAUCCAUUAUAUUUUAUCUUGAAAAUAUUCAUUAAUGUAAUAUCCAUUGUAUUGAUCUUUUAAAAUAAUAUUAAUCGAAUAUCCAUUGUAAAUUUUCUUAAUUGGAUAUUAAAUAUAUGAUUAUUUUAUUAAUUAGAUAUCUUAUAUACGAUAUAUUUAUUCUUUUAAAUAAAAAUUUUCCUGCUUUUCUUAUUAAUAAAUAAUUAUAAAGUGUCAACUUUCUUAUUUUUUUCUGCAUCGAAACUACCUCACCCAUCACUUGCUAAUUUAUAUUGUACGUUAACCAAUAAUUGUAUUUGCUCACUUACCAAUAUUAACUACACUGAUGUUCGUUAUAUCUGGAAAUAUCAGUAACAACGAACUCAAUGUGCAUGCUGGAACAUAUACAGGAAACUUGAUAUGUAAAAUAAUACUUUAUCAACAUCCCCUUUAUGAAUUUUACUUAACAUUCUAGACACCCAAACAGUUCCUUUUAAAUACAUUUGAUAUAUGUUUGCAACUGAAAGGAAAAAUUUGUAAAAUUUUUUUUAAAACAAGACAUAUCUUAUUUAAGAAGCUGGAAUAGAUCAUAGGGGAAAAUAAAUCUGAAAAAAAAAAAGUAUUGUUAUGUUGCCAUUUCAGUUUUGAUUGCUGUACUUGCUAGAAAUAUUCACCAUUUUCUGAAAAGAACUGUGCUGCAUUAAAAGUAAAUCUAUAGGGAAAAAAAAAACAAUUGUAGCAUCUGAUAAACUGAAUGAAGUAAAAAAAAAUAAAAAAAAUCGCCAAUGGAUUUAAAUAACGUAAGCGAAUGUAUUUAUACCAACAAAGGCUCGAAGCGAUUUUUGAUGUUGUUAUUAUACAACAAUUAGUAAAAAAAAUCCUGUGUUCAUUUACCAUGUUUAUAAAUGCAUUUGUGAUAGUUUAUAUUAAAUACAUCAUCAUACAGGGCCAAGGGUGCGGUGCAGGCUUAGCUGAAGACUGUAGUAUGACCUCGCCCUACCCUAACUUCAUCACCACAUUUUUAGAUGUUCUAAGACGAAUAAUUAAAAAAAACCAUUACAUCAGUUUCAUGUUUCACUUUUUAAAUAUGUCUCAUGUGACGCGAACACAUUUCAAAAUAGAAUAUAUUUUGUAUAAAAUUUGUAACAUGUAUAUUUUCUUUUGGAAAAAAGUUAUUCGUUGUGAAGAACUUGUUUUUAUCUCGGUGAGUUUUGGCAAAUUUUGGACUUGGUGUACAUUUAAAGGGAGGCUGCCGAUUGUCAGAAAUUUCAUUGUACACUCAUUGUAUUCUACUCUUUCUGUAUAUUUUUAUUUCUACUCUUGUGGCAUCUUAUGCAAAUUUUUUUUAAUGACAGAGUUGUAUAGAUAUAUGUAUUUUUUUUUUACUUGUAUAUUUUAAUUUUCUUUUCCAGAGUGUAAAAAAGAAUUUCUUGGUAUGCAAUUUCAAAAUAAAUAUAUUUUAGCUUCA